GUUCCAAGCCGUAACGUCACUCGGCGCCUGCAAGUUGUCAAUGAGGCACUUCAAUCACCUGUAUCAUCCAAUCCCCUCUGAAACAUGCAUUCUCUACAUUAAAAGCUGGAAACCUGCCUACAUUCCGCUCGGACUACUUUGCUUCUCCGCCGUAGGUUCGAUAAUAUUCUUCAGCGCAUGGGGCACGAGGCUGCCCGGGAUCGUUCGCACGCUGUCGCACUUCAAUCCCCCGUUCUCAUUGAAGGAUGCGACUCAAGCAUCGCGUUUCUAUUCUAGCGGUGGCCCUCGCCGUAACCGUGCUGCCCCAUCCAUGGGUGGACAGGUUGUUUCCAGUAGUAAAGUUACCGCAAGGCAAAGUAGUGGGCAAACGAGUCUCUCUCGAUGUUAACACCGGGGAUAAUCCAGGUGGAUUGAAGGAUUUUCAGCAGGACUUUUUUUUGGGUAUUCCGUAUGCCCUACCACCGCUGGAUAAGCUCAGGUUCAAAGCGCCGCAGCCCAUACAACAGAAGUCAUUUUUAACCAUUGAAGCCAAGGAGUAUGGUCGGGCAUGCAUGCAGACCCUUGGUGUUCAUUUCCACAAUCGGAGCGAAAUCUCCGAAGAUUGUCUGACUCUCAACAUCAUCCGCCCCGCCCACAUUUCGAAGAAGGCAGCACUUCCUGUGUUAGUUUGGAUACAUGGUGGUUCAUUCGUCAUGGGAUCGGGCGGUGUAUAUAAUGGGUCCUGGCUAGUUGCUCGCAGCGUGGAUUUGAAUCGUCCAAUAAUAUAUGUGUCAAUGAACUAUCGCCUUCAACUUUUCGGUUUCUUGGCAGCUCCCGAGGUCGAAGAGCGUGAGGAUGCCGACCUUAACGUUGGGCUGCUUGACCAGCGCGAAGCAUUGCGUUGGGUCAAACAGAAUAUUGCGUCCUUUGGCGGAGAUCCCAGCAGGAUCACCGUUUUUGGUCAGAGCGCCGGCGCAAUGUCAGUUGGAGCACAAAUGCUUUGGAACAAAGGGACUAAGGACACUGGAGGUGGGGAUCCGCUUUUUAGAGGUGCAAUAUUGCAAUCGGGGGGCGCAUCCGGUUAUCCAUCUCCUAAACCUUGGGCACACGAGGUGGCCUAUCGUCGCUUUGCAACAAAGGUCGGCUGUGGCGCAUCGACAAUUGCGCGCAGCGUCACCCAUGACUUUUGCCCUCCGCGCUCGUUCUAUAAUUAUAGACCACGAGAAGAUUCGAUUCUCAGUUGCCUCCGCGAGGUACCUGUUGAUACUCUCUUCCGUGAGGCCACACGCAUCGAGGGCGUGGGCCUGAAAGAUCAUCUGGCUGGCCUUAGCCAUUCCCGCCCUUGGGGAGUAACUCAGGAUGCAACAUCGUAUUACAAUAAACGCCGACAAGACGGUGGAUUUUUCUAUGCUCGACCGAGCAUCGCGCUUCGAAACGAGAGUAUCCUUAAUAUUCCGAUCAUCAUUGGAACAACUUUGGACGAAGGCACUAUAUUUCCACCAAACAACAUCAAGAGCCAAGAUGACUUCAUGACAUAUAUUCAGCAUUGGUUUAUAUACCCGCAUGGCGCUCAUUUGCGCGAGAAAGUGUUCAAGGGACUUUCCUCCCUAUAUCCAGACAUCCCAUCUCUCGGAAGCCCUUAUCCAAACAACGAUGUGGAUUUUGAUCAAGAUGACAGGCUGUUCCCUCAACAUGAGUCAAACCAGUUCAGGCGCGCGGCAUCAGUUUUUGGCGACCUUGUUUUCGAUAGCGCGCGAAGGCUACAAGCUGAAAUAAUGUCGGACAGCGUCCCUGUCUGGACAUAUCAGUUCCGCACACCUGUGAGGGGUCCAAAGCACUACGGAGUCGGCCACUCGGCGGAAAUUCCAUAUGCAUUUGGCUAUUAUGCGUUCCAAGGUGGUGGAGAUCGAGCCAUAUCUCGCCUCAUGACUAGUGCAUGGAUAAACUUUGUUUACGAUCUUGAUCCGAACGGGAAACGCCCAGACCCAUUUUGGCCGAAGUACACAUUUAGAAAGAAACCAUUGCUUGAGUUUCGAGCUAAUACCACUGCAGUUGUGAAGGAUGAUUAUCGGAAGGAUGCGCUGAAAUGGAUGAUGUAUGACGAAGAUUGGAAUUAUGCCACUGGACGUUGAUGUCAUAAUAUCAAUGUUAAGUGUGGGUUUUUUCUUCAGAAUUUCCUGACUCGCGUUAAGGUCAACAAAGACCAAUCGCCAUCAAUAACUCUCCAUGAGAAAGAGGAACAAAAUUCACUGGCAAUAAGUAGUCAAGUUUGCCUUAUUCACCCUCAUAAACUUUGUGCC